UAACCGCGGCAACUGAACCACCAUUAACAAAGAGUAGAGUUACAUUCUUCACCAAAUUUAAUUAAUGAAAAAUAAAUUCAAAAUAUUUAAAGUAAUUUUUAUUUUUAAACUGUGGUCUCACCUUUACAUCCUACCAUUUUCACCAUGAAUUUAAAGAAAAAGAAAGCCCAGGAGAUUGGUUUGCGGUUGAGGACUCUUUUGAAAUUGCCUAAAGCUCAUAAAUGGGUUUGCUAUGAGUGUUUUUAUGGCAACAUUGAUCAGCCACUUUUUCUUGGUAAAAAUGAUUUUCAAAUUUGUCUAGAGGAAACUUUUCCUCAUCUCAAGACUCGGUCUCUUAAACGAGCGGAAUGGAGUAAAAUUCGAAGGAUGAUGGGAAAACCAAGACGGUGUUCUGAGGCGUUCUUUGCAGAGGAAAGGAACGCUCUCAAUCUUAAGCGCAAAAAGAUACGCAUCUUGCAAUCCCAAAAAGUUGUUGAUAUUGAACAAUUUCGUGAUUUACCAGAAAAUAUUCCUUUAAGUUUGGUUAUAGGAGCAAAGGUUACCGCCAUUUUAAGAAAACCCCAAGAAGGACUUUUCAUGGGUAUUAUCGAUGCUGUUGAUAUGACACAUGGCAUGUACAGAAUAACAUUUGACAGACAUGGUAUUGGUACCCAUUCAGUUCCUGAUUAUGAAGUUAUAAGUAAUGAUCCACCAACAUAUAUCGCUUUGUCAUCAUUCCAGUCUAAAGUACGACCCAGGUUACCCAUGUUUGCAUCAUCAAGAUUUUUACAACUUUUAGGUACCCAAGUAGCUCAAGCAUUAAACGAUCGCGACCCCCUUCUUAGUAGUCCUGUUUCCCCAAGUCAAAUCAAACAAGAGCCACAUUUUACAUCAACAAACACCAACAAUUACGAAGACGAAGGUACCCUUGGAGGCUUCCCUAUCAAAUUUCUUGCUCUUCUAGUUAGACUGACAAAAAUACUGAAUAUCAAAAAACGGACAAUUUUUGAAUUGAAAGCUAUGAAUACAGAGGCGGAAAAGAUGAGAUCGCUGCAAGAUCCCAUAACUCGUGGUUUUAAAAAGCAAUAUGCACAUCUAAUAUUGACGCUAGAAAAACUUAAUAUCUCUCUUGAUGAGCAUCUGAAAGCAGUUCAACAUUUUACAGCAGAAUUAUUCAAAUCAUCCAACUUACCCUCCGUUGCUGAACCAAACAAUAUAAAGGAGAAACAUCUUCGCCAAGCCAAGGAUACAAUUUCCAAAGUUUCAUCUUCAUUUGAUGUCAAAUCCGAAGCAUCAUUGAAUCUCAUCACUGAACUUCUAGGUUUGAUGCUGCAAUUAAAAAGUUUUGCCGAGAUCGAGGUUGGUUCACAAGAAUUGCAAUCUCUUGAAAAUAGUUUGAAGGACGCUAAAAAACUGGUUAAUCAAAUUAAUCAUAGCCAUUUUGAAAGCCAAGCGCAAGUGCCUAUUGCCUUCAUGCAGUCAUCAUUGAGUCAUCUUGGAAAUCUUGGGGCUUUUGCUGAAUCGGCUACGAUAUGCAACAAUCUUGUAACUUAAUUAUGCUUAAGCUAACAACAUGAGAAAAUCCUUUAUCGCCAUCAUAAAAUAAAAACACGAUUUAACUAAUCAAAUUUUACAGAACAAACAAAACCUUUGCUUGUCUCUUCACAAUA